GUGCAGCCACUGGGAGAGCUAUGCGGUGACGGUCCAGGAGUCCUACGCACACCCCUUCGAUCAGAUCUACUACACAAGAUGCACGGAUAUCCUCAACUGGUUUAAGUGCACCCGGCACCGGAUCAGCUAUAAGACAGCAUAUCGGCGCGGGCUUCGGACCAUGUACCGGCGGCGGUCCCAGUGCUGCCCGGGCUACUAUGAGAAUGGAGACUUCUGCAUUCCCCUGUGCACGGAAGAGUGCAUGCACGGCCGCUGCGUUUCACCGGAUACCUGCCACUGUGAACCAGGCUGGGGAGGUCCCGACUGCUCCAGCGGCUGCGACAGCGACCAUUGGGGUCCCCACUGCAGCAACCGCUGCCAGUGCCAGAACGGCGCCCUGUGCAACCCCAUCACCGGCGCCUGCGUGUGCGCCGCCGGCUUCCGAGGGUGGCGCUGCGAGGAGCUGUGCGCGCCGGGCACGCACGGCAAGGGCUGCCAGCUGCCGUGCCAGUGCCGCCACGGCGCCAGCUGCGACCCGCGCACCGGCGAGUGCCUCUGUGCUCCGGGCUACACCGGCGUCUACUGCGAGGAGCUGUGCCCCCCUGGAAGCCAUGGAGCUCACUGUGAGCUGCGCUGCCCCUGCCAGAAUGGGGGCACCUGUCACCACAUCACCGGCGAGUGUGCGUGUCCUCCAGGCUGGAUGGGAGCAGUGUGUGCACAGCCCUGCCCACCAGGCACGUUUGGCCAGAACUGCAGCCAAGACUGUCCUUGCCACCAUGGCGGGCAGUGUGACCAUGUGACUGGACAGUGCCACUGCACAGCCGGGUACAUGGGAGAGAGGUGCCAGGAAGAAUGUCCCCUUGGAACCUUCGGCUUCCAGUGCUCCCAGAGCUGCGAUUGCCACAAUGGAGGCCAGUGUUCACCCGCCACCGGCGCCUGCGAGUGUGAACUGGGCUACAAGGGUCCAAGCUGCCAGGAACGGCUGUGUCCCGAGGGCCUGCAUGGCCCAGGCUGCGCCUUGCCUUGCCCCUGCCAUCCGGACAACACCAUCAGCUGCCACCCGGUAACCGGAGCCUGUACCUGCCAGCCGGGCUGGUCUGGCCACCACUGCAAUGAGUCCUGCCCUGCUGGCUACUUUGGCGAUGGCUGCCAGCUGCCUUGCACCUGUCAGAACGGCGCCGAUUGCCACAGUGUCACUGGGAGCUGCACGUGUGCCCCGGGCUUCAUGGGAGAGAUCUGUACAGUCCCCUGUGCAGCAGGGACCUAUGGCCCCAACUGCUCCUCUGUCUGUAGCUGUAACAACGAUGGCAUCUGCUCCCCCAUUGAUGGCUCCUGCACUUGCAAGGAAGGAUGGCAGGGCCUGGACUGUUCCCUGCCAUGUCCCAGUGGGACAUGGGGCCUGAACUGCAGCGAGAGCUGUACCUGUGCCCACGGGGCAUCCUGUAGUCCCACCGAUGGCUCCUGUGCCUGUACCCCAGGCUGGCUGGGGGAGAGCUGCGAGCUGCCCUGCCCGGAUGGCACAUUUGGGCUGAACUGCACCGAACGUUGUGACUGCAGCCAUGCUGAUGGUUGCGACCCUGUCACGGGCCACUGCUGCUGCCUAGCAGGAUGGACAGGCAUCCGCUGCGACAGCACGUGUCCCCAAGGUCGCUGGGGCCCCAACUGCUCCAUCUCCUGCAGCUGUGAGAAUGGCGGCUCCUGCUCUCCGGAGGAUGGGAGCUGCGAGUGUGCCCCUGGCUUCCGAGGACCCUUGUGUCAGAGAAUCUGCUCCCCCGGAUUCUAUGGCCAUGGCUGCGCCCAGCCUUGCCCCCUCUGCGUGCACAGCAGCGGGCCUUGUCACCACAUCAGCGGUGUCUGUGAGUGCCUCCCGGGCUUCUCUGGAGCCCUCUGCAAUCAAGUGUGUGCUGGAGGGCACUUUGGGCAGGACUGUGCGCAGCUCUGUUCCUGUGCCAACAACGGGACCUGCAGCCCCAUCGAUGGCUCCUGCCAGUGCUUCCCUGGAUGGAUUGGCAAGGACUGCUCACAGGCAUGCCCACCAGGCUUCUGGGGCUCUGCCUGUUUCCACACGUGCAGCUGUCACAAUGGAGCCACCUGCAGCGCAGAGGACGGGACCUGCCACUGCACCCCGGGCUGGACGGGACUUUUCUGCACCCAGCGCUGUCCAGCAGCGUUUUUCGGAAAGGAUUGUGGGCGUGUGUGUCAGUGUCAGAAUGGUGCCAGCUGUGACCACAUUAGUGGCAAGUGCACUUGCCGAACAGGCUUCACCGGGCGCCACUGUGAACAGAGAUGUGCCCCAGGAACCUUUGGCUACGGGUGUCAGCAGCUGUGUGAGUGCAUGAACAACGCCACCUGUGACCACGUGACUGGCACCUGUUACUGCAGCCCUGGAUUCAAGGGAAUCAGGUGUGACCAAGCUGCCCUCAUGAUGGAGGAGCUGAAUCCGUACACCAAGAUCAGCCCAGCUCUGGGCACAGAGCGGCACUCGGUAGGUGCCGUCACGGGCAUCGUGCUGCUCUUGUUCCUAAUCGUGGUGCUACUGGGCCUAUUCGCCUGGCGCCGGAGGCGACAGAAAGAGAAGGGCCGGGACCUGGCUCCCCGUGUCUCCUAUACCCCUGCCAUGAGGAUGACCAGCACCGACUACUCCCUGUCAGAUUUGUCUCAAAGUAGCAGCCAGGCCCAGUGCUUUUCCAAUGCCAGCUACCACUCACUGGCGUGCGGGGGGCCUGCCACCAGCCAGGCCAGCACUCUGGACAGGAACAGCCCCACCAAGCUGAGUAACAAGUCCCUUGACAGAGACACAGCAGGCUGGACCCCCUACAGCUAUGUGAACGUGUUAGACUCCCAUUUCCAGAUCAGUGCCCUGGAGGCCAGGUACCCGCCCGAGGACUUCUACAUUGAACUUAGACACCUCAGCCGCCCCGCUGAGCCACUCUCACCAGGUGCUUGUGGAAUGGACAGACGUCAGAACACAUACAUUAUGGACAAAGGCUUCAAAGAUUACAUGAAAGAUUCCGCGUGCAGUUCUAGUACUUGCUCCUUGAAUAGCAGUGAAAACCCUUACGCCACAAUUAAGGACCCGCCCAUCCUCACCUGCAAGCUUCCAGAAAGCAGCUAUGUAGAAAUGAAGUCACCUAUGCACACGGGGUCUCCGUACACAGAUGGGCCAUCCUUGUCGACAUCUAAUAAAAAUAUAUAUGAAGUUGAGCCCACAAUCAGUGUGGUCCAAGAAGGCCUCGGUCAUAACUCCAGCUAUAUCCAGAAUCCAUACGACCUACCUAAGAACAGCCAUAUUCCUGGUCAUUAUGACCUCCUCCCAGUAAGACAGAGCCCUGCCAAUGGGUCCUCCCGGGACAUGCAGUCGUAA